CAACAAACAUGGCGCCGAGAAAAAGAAAUACUCAAAACGCUAACAACAACAGUCAUAACCAAACGAGGAAAAAAGGGUCGAAAAGACAAGAUGAUCAGAGCAAAGACAUCAGUGAUACGGAAGGGAUUCCGCUGUCUUACCUUGUACUUGUUCUGCUCAUUGCUGCUGCCAUUGGUGUUGCUCACAGAAAUCAUAUAGCUGGUAUGUUUGAGAGAGAUCGUCAUUUUUCACAUCUGUCCACUCUGGAGAGGGAGCUUGCUUUCCGUACAGAAAUGGGGCUGUAUUAUUCCUACUUCAAGACUAUGAUAGAGACCAAGACGUUCUACGAGGGCUUGAAUAAGAUUAUGUAUGACAACAUCACAGAGUAUCCUCUAACGAUCAACACUCUGAAAAGAUUCAACUUGUACCCAGAGGCGGUGCUGGCAGUAGGAUAUCGGGCCUACGAGAGUUUCUGGGCUGGUCUAAACAAACCUACAAAGCAGUGUUGGACUGUGAACAGAGGAGAGGGGAAAACUCCAGUACAGAGUUGUGAAGGUCUUGGAGAACCAUCUUACUUCUACAUAGAAAAUGUCUUUUUCCUCAACGGAGUAAUGAUGAGUGUCUUCUUUCUCUUUGGCACUUACUUGAGUGGCAGUGUUUUUGGAGGAAUUUUGACAGUUGCAAGCUUUUUCUAUAACCAUGGGGAGUGUACAAGGUGUAUGUGGACGCCUCCCCUGAGAGAAAGCUUUGCCUACCCAUUCCUAGUCAUCCAGAUGCUGCUAGUAACGCACAUCAUCAAAUUACGUGUUCCGAGUUACAGAUAUAGCGGCCUUAUUGCCCUCAUCACUGUCUGCUUCAUGUUGUCCUGGCAGUUUGCCCAGUUUGCACUCCUCACUCAGACAUUGGCUGUGUUUGCUACCUACGCCCUUGGUUACAUUGGAUCACACAAGGUCAAGGUCAUCACAAUAGGUCAGCUGAUUGGACUUCUGUGCAGUUUUGUAGCCUUGUUCGGGAAUGAGAUGCUUUUAACCUCAUUUUUUACAUCUUGUCUUGUCACGGUGAUGAUCAUUGUCAGCUUGGAAUCAUAUCUGGAAAAGUUGAAUUACAAAAUUUUAAUACUGGCGACACAAGGCGUCCUACUGAUUCUAUGUACAGUCGGACUGAAGAUAGCCCUGUCCACAGUCUUUCAUGUGGCAGAUGAUGCACACAUCGGAGAUAUAUUCCGAAGCAAGUUCUCAAAUUUCAAGAAUUUCCACACAAUGCUGUAUACUUGUGCAAAGGAGUUUGACUUCAUGGAAGCCGAGACACCAGUCAAAGUUCUUAAGACGUUACUGGCUCCUUCAGUUGCUGUAUCUGUACUGGCUGUUGUCGUCCAGUUACUGAGAACAGAGUAUGAGAUAUGGACAGCUGAUAAGAACAAUCAGUCGGAUAAUAACAAGGACGAUGGAAGUCAGAAUAGAGAAAAGCCACAUGCAGAGCUGGUGUACCACCUUUUCCAACUGUUAGCCUUCACCGCCAUGGCCGUCCUGAUCAUGAGACUCAAGCUGUUCUGGACUCCACAUAUGUGUCUCAUGACUUCCCUUCUAGCUUCUCGCCAGCUGUUCAGUUGGAUUGGUAGCAGAGAGAGGCAGUUGGCGAUAGUCUUUCUGGUGUUGGCAGGGAUGAGUGUACAGGGAAUCCAAAACCUCCAACAUCAGUGGAGCAUUAUGGGAGAAUACAGCAAUUACCCGCUAGAGGAACUAGUGGAGUGGGUUGAAAGCAGAACACCAAAACGUGCUGUAUUUGCUGGUCCAAUGCCGACAAUGGCCACCAUUAAACUGUGUACAGGUCGACCAAUUAUCAACCACCCUCACUACGAGGACGCUGGAUUACGGGAGCGGACGAAAGAUGUUUAUACCAUGUAUAGUAGAAAACCUGCUGAAGAAGUGAAAAAAAUCCUCAAGAAACGUAAAGUCCAAUACGCUAUUUUGGAGGAAUCUUGGUGUAACCGGCGAUCAAGCGUCGGAUGUUCCAUGCCCGAGAUCUGGGAUAUUGAGGACAAAGCAAAUCGAGGAAAGCAGCCAUUGUGUCAGAAACUUCUUCAUAAUGCUGAGCCGCAUUUUAAACGGGUGUUUAGGAACAAUGUCUAUCAAGUACUGAAAGUGACAUAACAUCGAUUCAUACUGACUAGAAAAUAUGUAAUCAUGACACGUAAAGACCAGUGAUCUGGAAAGUUGAUGAUAGGGAGAGCAGAGGAGAUGGAUAUCAAUAGAGAGAAUGUCCUACAGGAUGAAUCCAGGAAAAUAGAAGUUCUAUGCAGGAUGGGGAAAAAUGAACAUAUUGUACUGUUUAAAUUUAAUCAUUUCUAUGGGUUGUCCCUGUUUGACAAAUCCCCUCCCGAUAGUUUUUGGGAUAGCCCUUAAAAGACUUCUUUUCUUGUUGUAUAGUCAUAAUAUCAUAAAACUAUCGUCCCGAGAUGUUAAGAGUUUAUUUGAUAUAACUGUAUGGGGAGUUUUCUCAUAGUUUAGCUCAUGAGAGCUCCUCAAGAUGUCAAUAGUUGCUUUAUUAUAAUUGAUGGAAGUUUCCUAACGGUACAUCUGAGGAGAGCGUCCUGAGAUGUUAACAGUUACUUAAAUUCAAAUGUGGGGAGUUUUCUAACAGUACAGCUUAUGAGAGCUCACCGAGAUGUCAAUAGUUGCUUUAACAUAUAUAACUAUUGGAAAUAGCCUUUAACAUUGCCAAGCCAAGCUACUGUUAUACAGUAACUUUUAUACAGUUGUUGGGUGUUAGUUGUUCAAAUGUAUGCAGAUUUCCUAGAAAUUUGCUGAUAAGAUGUUUAGAAAUGAAUGGUUUCUAUGCAAUUAUAUCUUGUUUGAAGAACCCCCCCCCCCCCCCAAUCAAGCCUCAGAUUUAUAUUAGGUGUACAUUUUGAUUUCAAAUGUAGAUAAGCCAUAUCUAUGCAGUUAUUUUGAAAAUAAUCCUAAGAGAUCUGACUCAUUUUUGGCUGAGGCCUCAUAAGUUAAACUUAAUUUAUAAUAUUUAAAAUGUUUGUAAAUGCAUAAUGAUUUGUGUAUUACUGAAUUUUAAGUAUGAUUUAAUUCUGUUGUUUCCAAAGUUAAAUGUUAAGAGUACUUUCUCUCCUUGGUGUCGCAUUUGAAGCAGCAUCAAUCUUGUGUCACAAAAAGUCUAAUGUCAAAAAGCAAAAUUGUCAUGAUAAACAGGAUCAAUGACUUUAGAUCCUGCAAAUACAGAAAUGUAGGUAAGCUGACAUCUACUUCAUCAGGAUAAGAUUUUUUGAAAUAUUCUGUCUAUGUUGCUGAAUAAUCAUAUAUAUAUGGCACUAUCCAUGUGAGUGGUUCAGGCCAUAUGGGCCUCUUGUUAAAUACAGGUGUAUGUGUGACGUUUCAGUUUGUAGUAUCACAGGGGCUUGACACAUCUCUAAAACCCGGAAUAAAAUUUUUAACCCAAGGGUCUGACACCCACAUCACUUUAACGGUGUAUUGACUGGAAAGGUUGGAAUAUUUUCUUUACACAUUUCUAAAGACGAUGUUCCUGCCAUUUUCAAUUAAAAGUGGUCUGGAGGACGACCCGGUAUUUCAUUCUGGGAAGGUGUCAGGCCCCAGUGUUCAGUAUGGCAAGUUCUUUAUUACACUACUUUUUAUUUACACCAUUUAUACUUAAGUUGGUUGUUGAUGAAAAAUUUGAAGAAUGUUGAUAAAUCUCUGCAAAGAUCUGCUGUUAUAUACAUGAUUGAACAUGACAGUGCUUGUAGUUGUAGUACUAAUUUAUAGAAUGUGGUUGUAUUUUAAGGGAUGUACUAAAAGAUAUUAACAUAAUUCUGCUGUGAAGUGAUGUAGAUAUUAACAAAAGUGUAGUUCAAGAAGUUGUUUUAGUUGAAUGUCUUUUUAAUAAUUUUGCAAUGCAAUAAAACCAGUAUUAAAGAAAUAAUUGAGGACUAUUCCAGAAUUAUCUGUAUCUGUAUGGAAGGGGUGGGAGGUAGUCUACUUGUAUUCAACUUAGAUGGGUGUUGGGGGUAUAUCACCAUUUUACUUAAAGUAUUCUUUAUUAUACAGAAUAUGUUUCCAUAUUUGAUGGGUGGUGGGGUCUCUGAAAAAAUGCCUUCCACCCCUCCCAAAUAGAUAAUAUUGGAAGAGUCCUAAUAAAUCAUGAUUUUAAUAAUGCCAUUGUUAUGGUUGGUACAUUUUGUAUUUGGAUCAGCAAAAAUGUAAUGGAUUGCACUAAUUAUGUAGGUAGUCGUCCAGUUCUGCACUGGUGAGUUUGUCAAGGUAUGCACUGGUCAGUUUGUCAAAUUCUGCACUGGUCAGUUUGUCAAGUUUGGCACUGGUCAGUUUGUCAAAUUCUGCACUGGACAGUUUGUCAAGUUUGGCACUGGUCAGUUUGUCAAAUUCUGCACUGGUCAAUUUGUCAAAUUCUGCACUGGUCAGUUUGUCAAAUUCUGCACUGGACAGUUUGUCAAGUUUGGCACUGGUCAGUUUGUCAAAUUCUGCACUGGUCAAUUUGUCAAAUUCUGCACUGGUUAGUUUGUCAAGUUCUGCACUAGUCAGUUUUGCGUUCAGUAUUAAUUUCCCCAUAUCGGUUAACUUUGUUGGAUGUAUUGAUAAUUUUUUUAAUUGCAUAGUAAUUACUUCCUGUCACCCUCUGAUAUACAUCCUCACUCAUACAAAAUGUAUCACUUAUGUAUCAUGUUGGGGUGAGGAUGUAUAGCUAAUACUGGAUCUCCAACCACAAGACGCCUCACAAAAAUAAACUCAGUUUUAAAAGCUGUGUAUUAAUUCCUGUUUAAGAGUAUAUAUAAUAAUCUUUCUGUCAGAAUGUAAGACAUUUCUGUUUGAGUUGAGAAUAUAUUUUAGUAUGACUAAGAGUUUAUUAGGAUCAUUUCAUGUGUUGUAAAUUUACAAACCAACAAAGUACAGAAAUCCAUGAUAGUGGUGUAAAUCUUAUCAGAACGAUUGUUUCAUUACACAUCUGUUUUUCUCACCUGUAUGUGUAGAUUUAUAUCUAUUUAUAGCCAUGAUAUCAGGUACAUGUAUCAUUUUGAUCAUAAAAUAUCACACCUGUGUGAUUGUGUAUAAAUGUCUGUCAGUAACAUCAGAUAUCCAACGCUCAUAACUUGUCAGAUCAUUUUAGUGCGAGUGACAUCAUUAAAAGUAUAGCUGAUCAUUAUGCAAUCAUAGAUGUGAAUGAUUUUAAGUAAAACUGUAUGUUUGACAUUUUUGACCAAAUCUGAAAAACCAUUAGUAAAUUGUAUAUAAUGUGUUAAGUUAUAUACAGUAUUUGUUGUAAACGUCUUUGAAACCAAGGGUUCCACUCUCAGAAUAUGUCAAAGAGCUGAUAGUCAAUUGGUUGUUCCAGGCAUAAAAUAACAUAGACAAAAGAGGAGCUACAUCUGUAAAUGUAAUGCUACUUAUCAAGUAAAUUUGGCUCCUUUAUUUAACAUAGCAAAUAUCCGAGAUUCAUGUUGAAGUUUUGAUGUUACAACAAAUAUCACAGAUUCAUGAUGAAGUUCUGAUGUUACAACAAAUAUCACAGAUUCAUUAUAAAGUUUUGAAGUUACAACAAAUGUCACAGAUUUAUGAUAAAGCUCUGAUGUUACAACAAAUAUCACAGAUUCAUGAUGAGCUUUUAUUACCCACAAGGUGGCAUGUACAUAGCAUGAUCAUUUAGUCGUGAUCUGUCACAGUAUAAUGAGGGUGGAAUCCCUGGAUAUCAAAGAUAGUGGGGAAUGUGUCAGUGUAAAUCUUUAAAAAUCUUGUUAAUGUUUUAUGUUAUCACAAUUGUGAUAAUUUUUUUUAUGGUGAUUGUAAAAAUUACAAGAUCAAUAUUUUGAUUUUGUUUAUUUCAUUGUUUGAAACUGUAGAAACAUGAAGGCAUUAUAUUUCACUACUAAAACACCAGACCAUCAAAAACCAAUACAAACAUUAAAAUUCCAUUAAAACUCCCAAACCCCUUAAAACAUCAUUGAUUCUUGUUUGAAGUCGCUACCUGUAUCAAUACUGGAUGUAAGUCUCUACCUGUAUCCAUAAAGGAAGUGAGUCUCUAUCUGUAUCCAAACAGGAAGUAAGUCUCUACCUGUAUCCAAACAGGAAGUGAGUCUCCAUCCGUAUCCAUAAAGGAAGUGAGUCUCUACCUGUAUCCAUACAUGAAGCAAGUCUCUACCUGUAUCAAUACAGGAAGUAAAUCUCUACCUGUAUCCAUACAGGAAGUAAGUCUCUACCUGUAUCCAUACCGGAAGUGAGUCUCUACCUGUAUCCAUAUAGGAAGUAAGUCUCUACCUGUAUCCAUACAGGAAGUAAGUAUCUACCUGUAUCCAUACAGGAAGUAAGUCUCUACCUGUAUCAAUACAGGAAGUGAGUAUCUACCUGUAUCCAUACAGGAAGUGAGUCUCUACCUGUAUCAAUACAGGAAGUAAGUCUUUACCUGUAUCCAUACAGGAAGUGAGUCUCUACCUGUAUCCAUACAGGAAGCAAGUAUCUACCUGUAUCCAUACAGGAAGUGAGUAUCUACCUGUAUCCAUACAGGAAGUAAGUCUCUACCUGUAUCCAUACAGGAAGUAAGUCUCUACCUGUAUCCAAACAGGAAGUGAGUCUCCAUCUGUAUCAAGACAGCAUGUAGCACUAGUUAUAACACAUAGAGAUAACUGCUUAUUGGCUCUCUGAUAAAAAUAGUUGUGCAGCGAUGAUACUUGGACUUCAUCCAAAUUGUCUUGCAUUCAACUAUAUAAAGUUCCUAGUGUUGAUGGUCUAUACUAUGGCUGAAUGAUAAAAGAUUUGAGGCCGAUAGGUGAAGGUAUCUAAAGCUUCUAGAUGUUGUCUAUUUGGGGGAAGUUACAGGAUGUUGAUAACACUAAGCAAUAUUUUAUCUAAGUCACUGAAUCUCCAUGUACUUGUCAUUGUUCCGUUUGCUUUAUAUUUGAUUUGCAUGAUGCUUGUUUAUUUUGUUGUUUUAUCUGUUUUGUUUAUGUUGAAUUGUUUGAGUCUGUAAAUUAAAUGAUUUUAAA